ACACGCGAAGCCGAAGACCUUCCACAGCCGAUCGAAAGCCCAGCACACGGCGCGGUGUUUUCAUUCUUCAUUCCGAUUCGAGCCAUUCGUGAAGAGAAGUGAAGUUCAUCUAAUUGCUUCCGCCGGUCAAGAAACCACAGAACAUCAAUGGCUCUCCGUUUGUUCCGUCUCGGUCAGGAUGUGGUUACCCCGAUCAUCAAGCGGGGAUGUGCCGCGUCCGCGUUCGAGUUGCAGCACAAGAACCCGCUGCAGCGCAAGGUCGAGAAGAUCCCCAAGGCUCACUAUGGCGGGCGGCACACGGUGACGAUGCUGCCGGGCGGUGGCAUCGGUCCGGAACUGAUGAACUACGUCAAGGAGGUGUUCCGGUUUGCCGGAGUGCCGGUGGAUUUCGAAAUGGUGGACAUCGAUCCGGCCAGCGAAGGAAACGACGAUCUGGAUUACGCCAUCACUUCGAUCAAGCGGAAUGGCGUCGCCCUAAAGGGAAACAUUGAAACCAAGUCGGAAGCGACCGGAAUCAUUUCCCGGAAUGUGGCCCUCCGAAACGAGCUGGAUUUGUACGUGAACGUGUUGCAUUGUAAAUCGUAUAACGCCAUUCCGGCUCACCAUCACAACGUGGAUGUGGUGAUCAUUCGGCAGAACACCGAGGGCGAGUAUGCCAUGUUGGAGCACGAGAGCGUCCGAGGAGUGGUCGAGAGUAUGAAGGUGGUCACGGUGGAGAAUGCUGCCCGGGUGGCACGGUAUGCAUUCGAGUUUGCCCGCAACAAUAACCGCAAGAAGGUGACCACCAUCCACAAGGCCAACAUCAUGAAGCUGGCCGAUGGGCUGUUCCUGAGCGUGGCCCGGGAGGUGGCCAAGGAUUAUCCGGAUAUUCAGCACAAUGACAUGAUCAUUGACAAUUGCUGCAUGCAGCUGGUGUCCAAUCCGCAUCAGUUCGACGUGAUGAACACGACCAACCUGUACGGCAGUAUUACUUCCAAUGUGUUGUGCGGAUUGGUGGGAGGUGCCGGGCUAUUCUCGGGAAGGAAUUACGGCGAUCAUUUCGCCGUGUUCGAGCCGGGUACCCGCAACACCGGUACGGCCAUCGCCGGCAAGAACAUUGCCAACCCGAUCGCCAUGCUGAACGCUGCGGUGGACAUGUUGUACCACCUGGGCCACAACUACCAUGCCGACUGCAUCUCCGAUGCCAUCACCAAGACAAUCAACGUCGACGGUGUCCAUACGCCAGAUUUGGGCGGACAAAACACCAGCACCGAGGUCGUCCAAAAUGUCCUCCAGCACCUGGCCGAGAAGAGGACCUACUGAUUACGUUAAGCGAGGGAGAAUUCUCGCUCUUGUCCGCGCGCCAAGUGCACUUGAGUCUGUUUUUGUUUUAUUUAUAUUACGUUGCUAGGACUUCAUAAAAAAAUCAAAAGAAGGAAAAAAUCAGCGCUCCCUCCCCUUUUUCCCAGCCUGCUGCGCUCCAGCAGCGCUGCUACCGUAUAUUUACCAUUGCGCUUCGCUCACUUCGGUGUUGCGAGUUUGUUCGGAGAAAAGUUUUAUCGAAAUACAAAAAAAAAAUAAACAAGAGAGAUGGAAAAAAACUACAAUGCAUAAAAUAUGUCGCCGUCCACACCGAACCGACCGACCUGCAGCUGGAAAAGUAGCAAAAGCGAGAGGAAGCGAAGCAAAAUUUCAUAAAUAAAUCAUCGCACCGGGAAAAUCAGAAAAUCGGAAAAUCACAACCCACCGUCAACCGAGGAGUAGGGUAGGGUGCUACCAUCGAAGUAAGCUUUGCUGCUACUACCUUUCCUAGUGGUUGUCAAGGAAACAAGGCGAAUGGUGGUGAUCUAGUCGUCCUCGUCCUCGUCGGAUUGAGGUAAUCUUGCGAAACGAAUCGCACGGGCUCCACUUGAGGAAAUUUAUGAUUUUUGAGCUGAUUAUAAUGAGUUUUUCGACGGAAACAAAUGUUAAAGGAUCACUUCUGGAAUUGAAUUCGGUACAAAUCACAGUAUAAGAUGCGCUUGAAGUACUUAAUCAUCGAGUCGGUAGAUAUAGUCAAUAUAUUUAAGACGAAAAACAGA